ACUUUAAUUCCUUUUCCCCACUCUUCCUCUCCAGGCGUGUCGAUGCCCAUCCCGGUGAUCGGCCUCCACAACGAGGACAAGGUCUUUGUGAACGGCAGCUGUGUCCUCAACGAGGAGCGCUUCAUGCUGAUUGGCUCCUUCGUGGCCUUCUUCAUCCCGCUGGUCAUCAUGGUGGUGUCGUACUGCCUCACCAUACAGGUGCUCCAGAGACAGGCCAUUGUCUUCCUGUGCGAGUCAAAGACUUCCUCCCAGCAGCCUUUGCACCCACCAGCGAUCACAUUGCAGCCUCCAGCCAGCACCUUCUCCGUUCCUCAGAUCAAGACCAUCUCUCCGUCAGACUCGCAAGAGUUGAAGCCCCCUCCUCUUCAGAGCAGACGCAACACGUUGAGCUGUCUGAAGGCAGCAGAGCCCGGCCUGCUGCUCCGCGCCCCCCAGUCCGACUCCAUCAGCAUCGCGGGCGGCUCCGAGGUGGCGUCGCAGCUCAGCUCUCCGGCUGCGGGACACGGGCGCAGCGACACCUCGGGUUGCCACGGGCGACGAGGGAUGAUGCAGGCCAUAAAGAACGAGAGACGGGCCUCAAAGGUCCUGGGAAUCGUCUUCUUCCUCUUCCUCAUCAUGUGGUGUCCCUUCUUCAUCACCAACGUCACCUUCGUGCUGUGCCGGGGGUCCUGCAACGAGUCGCUGCUCAACGACCUCCUCAACGUCUUCGUGUGGGUGGGCUACAUCUCCUCUGGGGUGAACCCUCUGGUCUACACCCUCUUCAACAAGACCUACAGGAGGGCCUUCUCCAGCUACAUCAGGUGCCGCUACAAAGCGGGGGGCCAACGCAGCGGGACAGAGCUGUAAAACCUUCCUGUCGCCCCUCAGUGCCCCUCGCACUCUGUGACCCCCCUCCUGAUGGGGAGGGACGGUAAAACAAGCAUAGACCGCAAUAGUAACUGUCGAAACGGGCGGGGGGACAACGGGAGGCUGACGGUGGACCCGGAGGACUUUACAGACGACGAGACUCAAAUCGGAAUAGUGUCGCAGAGCCUCUCCGAAUGCCAGAACAUCGGGAUGCUCUCGGAAACUGAGGUGGAGCCGGGAACCGAAACAGAGGUGGAGCAGGAGCUGUCAGUCAUCAGCUAUAGUCCCGCCUCCAGAGAAGACACCAGCAGCGUGUGAUUGCGUGUUUUUUUGUGUCGUUUUUAAAGUAUUCUUUUGUAAACCUGCCGAGCAACGUUUCAGACGAAGCGGACAUCGUUGUGAUUGGCUGUAAACCUGAGGACUUGUAUUGUGAAAGGACUAGAUUGAUAGAGCCUUAUCCUCAAACUGAAGUGCAAUACAUUCAACAAAGUCAGAUUACGAGAGAAACUUUAAGAUGAAAGCCAACAUUUUCGACGUGUUUCUUUUUCUAUCAGGUGACAAAAUGUUGGUUUUCAUAGCAUAAAGGAGAGGAUUGAAGCAGUCAGUGUUCUUGGUGGAGACUAAGGUAGCCAUUGGAGAGGAGUUUGACAAGAAAAGCAGUCAGUGAAGAGCUUUUUCUCACAGUUAACCUGGCAUGAAGUCAAGAGGCCCUCGAUGGAGUCCCACUGACGGAGGUUACAGAGUCAAACCACGACCCGAAGCCUUCACACAGUCCUGAUGCAGUCCAAGCAAACUAAACCAAAAUCUAUUUUUGUGCCAGUCAAGCUUUGACUACAACAGUCAUAAAAUAAAAUAUAUCUGAAUGAACCUUUCCAGCAUGUAUAAUCAAACUGUUCAGCCGACAGAAACGGUGAUUUCUCUCCGAAGAAGGAACCUUUCUCCAGGCUGCCGGUCGGAGUCAGUGAGAGAGGACGGAGAAGAAGGAAUGUAGUGGAGUCACAGCGCCAUCUGGUGGUCAAACCUUGGAUUGAACAAGGGGUCUUAAAGAGCUAAAAAAAAAAACAUGACGUAGGCCUUCGGUCCUACACAGCUGUCGGGCUCUUUGCUUCUGUUGACCACGGAGAAUAAAUUAGAGUCCCAACAUCUAAAGGUUCCUACUGACAACAAUCAAUACAAUAAAAGGGAGCAAUCUUUAAAGGGAACAUGUGAUCGUUUGUAAUGUAAGGGUGCACAAACGCUCCUCAGAUGUCAUUCUUAAAAGGAAUACAAUAUAUAUAGAUUUAGAUUUUCAGCCACUGUCAUUGCUUUCAUCCAUCAGCAACCAUCAUAAGUCACUUUCCAAGAUCUUCCUUACUUUCAUUUCCCCUAAAACCAUAACAUGUAAUGAUGCAAAUUCAGCAUAUUGAGAUUAUCCUGCACUUCUAUCCAACAAUUGGCCACUUAUAAAUGUCCUAUUAUCAGAUCACAUAGCCAAAGAACAAGCAGUUACGGGCUAUUUACUUUUUUAGAAAAUUAGGGUUUUCUAUUGAAGGUCAAGCAUUAGACUUGUACUUUUCUCUCCAAUAAAACCAGGCAGGCAGAAUCUUCUCGAACAGUCGAAGUCAAAGAGGACAAACAGAAGCUUUGGGCAAUGAGCUCUGGUGUACGAUGAUGGAUAAAAAGCUUGCCAAUAUCUCCAAGAAUUGCAGCUUUGACCAGGAGCGGACUGGGACUAAAACUCAGCCCGGGACUCUCGACCGACCCACUUCUUUACCGCUAGUAAAUUAUCAACGGGGGAGGGGUGGGGGGUGCUAGUGACUUAUCCGACCAGCCCACGUUGGUACCACAAGUAAAUACCGCUGGUAGAUUGUCACCGGGGGGGGGUUGCUAGUAGGGCUGCUCGAUUAUGUCAAUAGUUGAUAUCACGAUUAUUAAAAACGAUUAUCCAUUUACUUUGAAAACAUCAAUUUAUUGGAGAGCGAACAUUUGAACAGUAUGUUUUUAACAGUUGAUUACCCUGAACUCUAAGUAUAAUUCAACUGAAAAACCAAUAAGAAAAAAAAGAAUAACAUUAAUUUUUUUCCGAUUACGUUGUUUUCGUAAUCGUUGCAAGCCAUAAUCGUAAUUGUGAUUAAAAUACGAUUAAUUGAGCAGCCCUAGUUGCUAGUGACUGAUCCGACCGGCCAGUGCCGGCCCAUCGGGUCCGCCACUGGCUUUGACCCCUGAUUCAAUAGUCCACUUUACAGUCCGUUCAGUGACUCAAAGAGCAAACAGCUUUAGAUUUCAUCUGCGGCAUGAAACGGACAGAAGGUCAAUACGUUAAGAGACAGACCCUGACUCCAUAAAGACGCUCUUCAACCGACUUUCUCGCCCUCCCUCCUCUCCCACGUUUUAUUGGCAUCUGACACGCUGAGUGAUUCCUCCGCAUCUCCGUCGGCUGAAAUAUCUGCGAAUACACUGCCUUUAGAAGAGGAUUUCAUAUCGUGUGGAUUUAGCAUCAAAACAGAUAAUAAAGAAGAUAUAACUUGUGUAAAGUGAUUGGCUUUGUAGGUUUAGUUUUAUAGAGCUAACUGGUUUGUGUUGUAAAGGGCAUCCAUUCUGAAAAGUAACGUCUUAAAGGGCCACUCCACCAAUUUGACACUGCAUUUUAAUGUAAAGCGUUUUGAGAUACAAAUAAAUGACCCAGAUGAUGUCAUAGUGAUGUUACCUCGUGUUACAGUAAUUCAUCAUUUCAAUUGUUGGGAGCAGCAGAGAGGUUCAAUUAAAGAUUCUGAUGAGUUGCAUUGUGGGAAUUGUAGUGUUUUUUACAGAUUGACACUAACCAUCUUGAUUUCUCCGCCUCUGCUGCUUCGAUGUUGUCCAAUCUUUUCCUGAUGUGUUUCUUUUUAGUCUCUUAACAUUACGGAAGUGAAGUGCUACAUUGCUGGAGUUCUCCUUUAAAUGAAAAAACGAAUUAAAAAAAGUGAAUAACUGAGUCUAGCUGUUAUCUUACCAAAGUAGAUUUCUCACAGUGAUCAAUAUUUCAUUUUGGUCAAUCUCCCCUCAGCCAUA